CUUUAACAAAUGAUGCUAGUGCGUAUACGACUUUUAAUAAAUAUACUGUACAAAAAAAAAAAAAUUAUUACAGAGAAUUAUUUUUGAUUAUAUUUAAUUAAUAACAAAAAGUAUAGCAGGAAUUAUUAGUGAUGAACUUAUCAAACAAAUUUUCAUAGAUCAAAAAAAUAAGAAUUUUAUGGCACAAGAUUGAGAAACAUGAAAUCUUUCGUUUUUGCAUUUUAUUUUAUUCUAUUUAUAAACGCGUAUGAAUUUCAAAAAUCUGCUCGAGAAUAUUUAACACCAUUGCUUCCUUUAGAUGAUGGUCAUAAAUUUCCAUCAAUCAUAUUAAACCCAGCAUCAUCACGUAUUAAAAACGAUUGUGUUUGUACUCCUUUUCAUUUAUGUAAAACAUUUGUUUUAUCAACGACUCCAUUUGACGUUACGGAUGCAGAUGGAAAAUAUCAAGCAAAACCAAAGAAAUGUUUGAAAUCAUUAGAAAUUUGCUGUGACGAUACUAUUUUAAUCGGUGAAAAUAAACAGAUGAAACAAUCCUAUGAAGCUAGUACAACUUACGAUCCAUUUGACUUAUCGGAUCAAUCAACCAAAAAGUGGAAUCACAAUAUACACUCUACUGAAAUUUACUCGGAGAAUAAAUAUGAAAAUUCAAACAAAGAAGAAUUUGAUUUCAAAAAAGAGCAUGAUACACAUUAUAAAUCAAAAAUAUGUGGUAUAUGGAAUGAAUAUGGAUUUGGAAUAGGAUUAGGUGGUGCUACUGAUUAUACAGCAAGAUAUGGCGAAUUUCCAUCUACUAUUGUUAUUUAUGUAGAAGAAAUACUUCAAAAUUGGAAGAAGUCGUUAAAAUAUCAAUGUGGAGGAUCAUUAAUAAAAGAAAACGUCAUUUUGACAGCAGCUCAUUGCAUUAUCAAUAAAGAUUUACAAAGUAUUCUUGUACGAGCUGGAGAUUGGGAUCUAAAUACAGAAAAAGAAUUGUACUUGCAUCAAGAUCGACACAUUUCUAAAGUUGUUAUUCAUCACAAAUACUACUCAGGAGGAUUACAUAAUGAUAUAGCUUUAAUAUUUACUGAUGAACCUUUUACUUUACAAGAAAAUGUUCAAAUUAUGUGUUUGCCCAAACAAGAUCAAAUAUUUGAUUAUAUUAGAUGCUAUUCAAGUGGAUGGGGAGAAACAGAUAAACGUAAGAUAAGUAAAAUGAAAAAAAUUGAGGUACCAAUUGUUCCGAGAGAUUUAUGUGAAGAUCGACUAAGGCAAACUAGAUUAGGCUAUAAAUUCAAUUUGCACGAAAGUUUCAUUUGUGCUGGAGGCGAAGGAGAACAAGAUACAUGUAAAGGUGAUGGUGGAAGUCCAUUAAUGUGUCCAAGUGAAACUGGUACAAAAUCGUUAAUACAGGCUGGAAUAGUCUCUUGGGGAAUAGGAUGUGGAAUAAAAAAUAUACCAGCAGCAUAUGUUAAUGUAGCUAAUUUUAGAAAUUGGAUUGACGGAGAAAUAGAAACAUAGAAUACAUAUUUAUUUCUCAAAUAUAAUUCUAUAAUUUUUUUGUAUUCUUUUAAUAAUUUUAAAUUUUAAUAAUUUGAAACUUAAAUGAAAAAUAAUUGCUA